AUGGCUCUGGAGAAUAAAAAAAACUUGCCAACCGCUCACAACAAACACCUGAUGCCAACGCCCGAAAGGGAGAAAAGAGUCACUUAUUGCACGGAUUUAGAAAAAUCAGUAAUCAUGACCAACUUCGAACGACGGGGUUGGGUCCAAGUAGGCCCCGAAGAUGAAUGGAAUUUCUAUUGGUCUUUUACACAAAAUUGUCGCAAUAUAUUCAGCAUCGAAAGUGGAUACAGAAUGAAUGACAACCAAAUGAUAAACCAUUUUCCAAACCACUACGAAUUGUCAAGAAAAGAUUUGUUGGUAAAAAACAUUAAGCGGUACCGAAAAGAACUGGAACGUGAAGGAAAUCCUUUAGCCGAGAAAACAGAGGUCACUCUACCGAACGGACAAAUUGUUACACGUUACAUCCACUUAGACUUUAUACCCGUUACUUACGUUUUGCCGGCGGACUAUAACAUGUUUGUAGAGGAAUAUAGAAAGUCCCCGCAAAGUACGUGGAUUAUGAAACCCUGUGGCAAAUCUCAAGGGGCCGGAAUUUUCUUGAUAAAUAAGCUAUCAAAACUCAAGAAAUGGUCUCGCGAGGCGAAAACUCCCUUACAUCCACAGCUGAGUAGUAAAGAAUGCUAUGUUAUUUCACGUUAUAUUGAUAACCCCCUUUUGAUCGGAGGUAAAAAAUUUGACUUGCGGUUGUACGUUUUGGUGACAUCGUUUCGCCCACUGAAAGCCUAUUUGUUUCAACACGGUUUUUGUAGAUUUUGCACUGUGAAAUACGACACAAGCGUCACUGAAUUGGAUAAUAUGUAUGUACAUUUAACAAAUGUCAGUGUGCAGAAACACGGUGGGGAUUACAACAGUCUACACGGUGGCAAAAUGAGCAUACAAAAUUUCCGUUUGUACUUACAAGGGACGCGUGGCCGAUCUGUGACAGAAAAGCUAUUUGCUGAAAUACAUUGGCUUAUUGUGCACUCUCUUAAAGCAGUCGCCCCUGUGAUGGCCAAUGAUCGACAUUGCUUUGAGUGUUACGGAUAUGACAUCAUUAUUGACAGUGCAUUAAAACCAUGGUUGAUCGAAGUGAAUGCAUCCCCCUCCUUGCAAUCUACGACUCACAAUGAUAGAAUUUUAAAGUACAAACUAAUUGACAAUAUCGUAUCAGUCGUUGUGCCUUCCGGCGGUAUCCCAGAUGCAAGGUGGAAUAAAAUACCUUCCGAAGAAGCGUUAGGAGAUUUCGAAGUCUUAAUUGAUGAGGAGCUUAUUGAAAGGGAAGAUAUGAAUUCGCGCUACAAUAAGUAUCAUCGAUUCAAACAAUAG